AUGAGGACUUGCGGGACAAUGUCACUUGCUUUGGGUGCUCUAGCUGCCUCGAGCGGGUUAGCUAUGGUCAUAAUAAGCAUAUUUUUCUCGGUAACCUUACAUCAUUAUUCCUCGCCCGAACAGAUAAGGGUUAUGGCCAUUGUCUCCUCCACAUUCAGUGCUAUUACGUUCAUUCUAUAUUUCCUACUUCUUGUUCUGCAACUUCGGUUCUUUCCCAAAAUAUCCUCAACCAACGCCAUAAGAACGGGCCAGCCUGCCAACUUAUUAGCUGGCGUAAGUGGCUUUUCUGGUAUCAUAUCAUCUGCUGUCACAGCUCUUCUCCUCGGUAUUCUCAAGACACGAGACUCUAGAAAAUUACAACACCCGACCCAUAACCUAGUUACUGCCGCCUUUAUUUUAUGGGCUAUAUCUCUCAUUUCACAAUGUCUCAUUAUUUUUCGCAUAUACCUUCUGCGUCAUCGAGCCACUAAGGAGCAAUUUUACGGGUCUAAUGAAUCUGCCGCUGAGUCGAGCGAAUUGUCCGACAUGAAAACAACAGGAAAAGACCACUCCUCAAUGAAUCCAUAUGAGCCGAAGUAUGAUCUCAAACCCACUCUUUCUGCCGACUCCUGUCGAAGCAAAGUUCACUCCGUACCCGAACUUAAGCCAUCUCUCCGCUCAUCCCUCAACACUAUGUCCAAAGCAAGGCUUGUACCCCCCGCCUAUCUUCCGCACCAUGGAAAAUCCUUCGAAAUGUCCCUACAAGAAAUUAAGCCCUACAGCCUAGAUGGGCCAGAGUCUCGAGAUAGAUUUGGUGGUGAUAUUUCUUCUCGAGCAGUAAUGGAUUCCUACUCUUCAUUCCCUCUACCCAGAUAUCCAGAUCCUAUUGCUCGAUGUUUAGAAACAAUCCCAGCAAGUCCCACCGACUGUUCACCACAAAGCUCGGCUUUUCCAUCGAGUCCACAACCCUCAAAAUCUUCUCGUCGAAGCCGAAGCUACAGUCCGGGAAAUAGCAACCGCGAAUUAAACCGUAUGUCUCGAGCAAUUACCACCGCUGAUCCCUCCAACGAAUCACACAUUCAUCCUCUAUUCCGAACUGACUCUUCAACUCCUCCCCCUGCCACGACCCCAGGUACCAUUGUUACUGCUGCUCCAGGAGCUGGAAAAGUUAUUUCAGAUCGAGCUAGCAUACGCUCACUAAAAAGCAUCAAAAGUGGUCCGAAUCCUCUAAAUUUUAUAAUGCCUAUGGAAAACUUCUAG